AUGGUCUUAGGGGAGAUGAUAAUCUCAGUGAGUCACUUACCUGGUUUCACAGCUCAGUCCAUCUCCUUCAAAAGAGCUGUAAUCCAGCCGAUGGGCUGCCAAACAGACACAACGUGCAUCGCCCAGAGUGUCCCUGCUGCUGCAGUCCCAGAGAACUUGCAGGAAGCCAAUUUAGGUCAGGGAAAAACUGAUCAGCUGCAGGUGUCUCUCUUUCUUGUCCUGCUUCCUCUCUGGGCCAGCGGUGCGCCUGUGCUUCCUCUAGAUUGCAGUGACAUCUAUAACUAUGAUAACAGCCGAGCUAGUGGAGUUUACACCAUCUAUCCUAUUGGGGCCACUUCUGCUGUUGAGGUGUUCUGUGACAUGGACUCUUUGGAAGGACGUUGGACUGUGUUACAGAGGAGGAUGGAUGGCUCAGUGAACUUCUACAGGCCCUGGGAUCAAUAUAAGACAGGUUUUGGGAAUGCUGCCGGAGAGUACUGGCUUGGUCUUGAAAAUCUCUUCCACCUCAGUCUCAGAAAAAAGUAUGAGCUCCUGGUCGACAUGGAGGACUUUGAAGGAAAUAAAGUUUAUGCUCGUUACUCCUUUUUCUCGGUUGGCCCGGAAUCUGAUGGAUAUACUCUGCAUGUAUCUGGAUUCAGAGAUGGUGGGGCAGGAGACUCUCUAAGUUACCACAGUGAAAAGAAGUUUAGCACAUUUGACAAAGAUCAGGACUCCUUUCCAGGUAAUUGUGCCAGGGGCUCCUUGGGGGCAUUCUGGUACAACAACUGUCAUCACAGCAACCCUAAUGGGGUUUAUCGCUGGGGGGCUGAUGGUUCUAUCUAUGCUGUUGGAGUGGAGUGGUUCACAUGGAAGGGCUAUAACUACUCCUUGAAGGCUAUUAGCUUUAAGAUCCGCCCUGUUCAAUGA